GCGUUGGGAGUCCGUGAGCAGCGCCAAGGCCUGACUUGCAGUUUCCUACCCGGGGCUACUGUCCCUCCCAAGUGCCCGCUGCCACCAUGAACGGUGAGGAGCAGUACUAUGCGGCCACACAGCUCUACAAGGAUCCUUGCGCAUUCCAGAGGGGCCCGGUGCCAGAAUUCAGCGCUAACCCCCCUGCGUGCCUGUACAUGGGCCGCCAGCCCCCACCUCCGCCGCCACCCCAGUUCGCAGGAGCAUUGGGGACACUGGAGCAGGGAAGUCCCCCGGACAUCUCCCCGUACGAAGUGCCCCCGCUCGCCGAAGACCCUGCGGUGGCGCACCUCCACCACCACCUCCCUGCUCAACUCGGGCUCGCCCACCCGCCCUCCGGGCCUUUCCCGAAUGGAACAGAGCCUGGGGGCCUGGAAGAGCCCAGCCGCGGUCAGCUCCCUUUCCCGUGGAUGAAAUCCACCAAAGCUCAUGCGUGGAAAGGCCAGUGGGCAGGCGGCGCAUACGCAGUGGAACCGGAGGAGAACAAGCGGACCCGUACAGCCUACACGCGGGCGCAGCUGCUGGAGCUGGAGAAGGAAUUCUUAUUUAACAAAUACAUAUCCCGACCUCGCAGGGUGGAGCUGGCAGUGAUGCUGAACCUGACCGAGAGACACAUCAAGAUCUGGUUCCAAAACCGUCGCAUGAAGUGGAAGAAGGAGGAGGAUAAAAAGCGAAGUAGCGGGACCGCGAGUGGGGGAGUUGGGGGCGAGGAGCCAGAACAGGAUAGUGCGGUGACCUCUGGCGAGGAGCUGCUGGCCCUGCCGCCGCCACCACCUCCCGGUGGUGCUGUGCCCCCAGGCGUCCCCGCUGCAGCCAGGGAGGGCCGCCUGCCUCCGGGCCUUAGUGCGUCACCACAGCCCUCCAGCAUCGCGCCUCGGCGACCGCAAGAACCUCGGUGAGGACGGCAGGCUGAAGGUGACUUCCAUGCGCGUGGGCAGCUAGAUAGGGAGGGAAUGAUGAAACUUAACCUUGAUGCCACGCAAGAAAAUCUUGAGGGCACAUGCCAGUUGGGUACGGCCGGAGAGAUGCUGGCAGACUUGGGGGGGAGGGGAAAAAGAGGCCUUGGCUUCGGAAACCUUUUGAGGUGGCGCCUCUGUUGGGCACGUCUCUCCCUGCCUCCAAGACUCUUUCCUUGGUCAAAUAAGGAGAACUGGACUCCACAGGGACGAAAAGGGUACAAACUUGAGCAUUCGCCGAUGUCCAGCGGGCAAGCCGGUCUGGGUGCCUUUGUCUGCCCAGAAACAACGGCUGGGUCGACCAUUUUAAGGUUAGGAAUCAUGAAAAUGAACUGCUAGAGGUUUCAAAGUUGCGGGGACGCGUGUGCUUCUUCCUGCCGGCCCUUCCUCUUCGCCUGCUCCCUCCUUUCCUACUUCCCCUCCCCUAGAUUCUUCCCCUCUUUAGUAAAAUAUUUCAUUACAUCCA